AAAAAGCUUGGUAGAGUUAAGAUGGCGGCAUGUGGGUGAGGAGGCUGUAGUUCUAAGCUCGGGAUUUUUUGUCAUAAAAUAUUUAUAUGAAUCCUUACAUAUACAGAUAUCGAGAAAAUAACAUUUCCCAGACACAUUUGUGUGUUCAUUUGGAUUGGAUCCAUGACAUCCAUACACUUUGUGGUUCACCCGUUGCCCGGGACUGAGGACCAGCUCAAUGACAGACUUCGUGAAGUGUCGGAGAAACUCAACAAAUACAACUUUAACAGUCAUCCACACCUCAACCUGCUGGAGCAGGCCUCCUUAAAACAAUGUGUAGUUGGCCCAAACCAUGCUGGCUUUCUGCUUGAGGAUGGACGUGUGUGUCGGAUCAGCUUUGCUGUCCAGCCUGAUCGUCUGGAGCUGACCAAACCAGAUGGCAACGAUGGUUCAAAGUUGAGUGGCAGUGGUUCAGGGACAGGAAGGAGCUCCAGGCCAGGCAGGACUAGUGAUCCUCCCUGGUUCCUGUCUGGCUCUGACACACUGGGCAGACUGGCAGGCAACACCCUUGGGAGUCGCUGGAGCUCCGGGGUGAACGGUGGAUCAGGAGGAGGAGGUGGAGGAGGAGGAGGUGGUGGUGUCGGCGGUGGCAGCAGCAGCAGUGUAGGAGGUGCAGGGGGAGGAGGUGUAGGAGGAGCUGUCAGUGGAGGUGGUGGUGGUGGUGGUGGAGGCUCCUCUGGGAGGUCAUCUACAGCUGCCAGGGACUCGAGACGUCAGACCAGGGUGAUCCGCACAGGGAGGGACCGGGGCUCUGGUCUCCUGGGCAGCCAGCCCCAGCCUGUCAUUCCUGCCUCGGUCAUCCCAGAGGAACUCAUCUCCCAGGCUCAGGUGGUCCUCCAGGGGAAGUCUAGGAGUGUGAUCAUCCGGGAGCUCCAGAGGACCAACCUGGAUGUCAACCUGGCUGUCAACAACUUACUGAGCAGAGACGAUGAGGACGGUGACGAUGGCGAUGACACAGCCAGCGAGUCCUACCUCCCUGGAGAGGACCUGAUGUCCUUGCUGGAUGCUGACAUCCACUCAGCCCACCCCAGUGUCAUCAUCGAUGCUGACGCCAUGUUCUCUGAGGACAUCAGCUACUUUGGCUACCCAUCCUUCAGACGCUCCUCCCUGUCCCGCCUGGGUUCCUCGCGAGUUCUCCUUCUUCCCUUAGAGCGUGACUCAGAGCUGUUGCGUGAGCGCGAGUCUGUGUUGAGGUUGCGGGAGCGAAGGUGGCUGGAUGGGGCCUCGUUUGACACGGAGAGGGGCUCCACCAGCCGCGAGGGGGAGCCCAGCCUGGACAAGAAGAACAUCCCCGUCCAGAGCCCUGUCUCUCUGGGCGAGGAGCUGCAGUGGUGGCCUGACAAGGAUGGUGUGAAGUUUGUGAGCAUCGGGUCCUUGUUCUCUGAGCUGGUGGCAGUGAGCUCUAAGGGGGAACUCUACCAGUGGAAGUGGAGUGAACCAGAACCAUACAGAAACACACAGAACCCUUCUAUCCGCCACCCCCGGGUGUCCUUCUUGGGCCUGACCAAUGAGAAGAUCACCCUGCUGUCUGCUAACAGCAUCAGAGCCACCGUGGCCACGGAGACCAACAAGGUGGCGACCUGGAUGGAUGACACCCUGAGCAGCGUGGCAUCCAAGCUGGAACACAGUGCCCAGGCCUACCCUGAGCUGCAGGGGGAGCGCAUCGUGUCUCUGCACUGCUGUGCCCUCUACACCUGCGCCCAGCUGGAGAGCAGCCUGUACUGGUGGGGUGUUGUGCCUUUUAGUCAACGGAAAAAGAUGCUUGAAAAGGCUAGAGCCAAGAACAAGAAGCCAAAGUCCAGUGCCGGCAUCUCCUCAAUACCCAACAUCACCGUGGGAACGCAGGUGUUUGUGUCCUCUCUCCAGGUGUGCCUGAGGAAUAACCCCCUCUACCAUGCCGGUGCCGUUGCCUUUUCUGUCAACGCUGGGAUCCCCAAGGUGGGACUGCUCCUCGAGUCUGUCUGGAACAUGAACGACAGCUGCAGGUUCCAGCUGCGAUCACCAGAGAGCCUCAAGAACAUGGACAAGACCACCAAGACACAGGAGAUCAAAACGGAGAGCAAGCCGGAGUUGGUAAAGACUGAGAUGGGGCCCCCUCCUUCCCCGGCCUCCACCUGCAGUGACACCUCCUCCAUCGCUAGCAGUGCCUCGCUGCCCUACAAACGAAGACGCUCGACCCCGGCUCCCAAAGAGGAGGAGAAGGUGAACGAGGAGCAGUGGCCUCUUCGGGAAGUGGUGUUUGUGGAGGAUGUUAAAAAUGUCCCUGUGGGAAAGGUGCUGAAAGUGGACGGUGCGUAUGUAGCUGUGAAGUUUCCAGGGACGUCAAGCAGCGUGAGCACACAGCCGAGUCAGACUAGUGCUCCAGCUCCCAUCACUGACUCGGACCCCUCCUCACUGUUGCAGGACUGUAGGCUGCUCAGAAUAGAUGAGUUACAGGUGGUAAAAACUGGUGGAACUCCUAAAGUUCCAGAUUGCUUCCAGCGUACACCUAAAAAACUCUGCAUCCCAGAGAAGGCUGAGAUUCUGGCUGUGAAUGUUGACUCCAAAGGAGUCCACGCAGUGCUGAAGACUGGUAACUGGGUGAGGUACUGUAUCUUUGACCUGGCCACAGGCAAAGCAGAGCAGGAGAAUAACUUCCCCACCAGUAACCUGGCCUUCCUGGGGCAGAGUGAACGCAAUGUAGCAAUCUUCACCGCAGGACAGGACUCCCCAGUCAUCCUUCGGGAUGGAAAUGGCACAAUUUACCCAAUGGCCAAAGACUGUAUGGGCGGGAUCCGAGACCCUGAGUGGCUGGACCUGCCGCCCAUCGCCAGCCUGGGCAUGGGGGUGCACUCCCUGGCCAACCUCCCCACCAACUCAACCAUCAAGAAGAAAGCUGCUAUUAUCAUAUUGGCUGUGGAGAAGCAGACAUUGAUGCAGCACGUGCUGCGUUGUGACUUUGAGUCCUGUCGUCAGUACCUGGUCAACCUGGAGCAGGCUGUUCUCCUGGAGCAGAGUCCCCACGUUCUCCACUCCUUUCUGGGCCACCGCUGCGACGGCAACCGCAACAUCCUCCAUGCCUGUGUCUCAGUCUGCUUCCCCGUCAGCAACAAGGAGACCAAGGAGGAGGAAGAAGCUGAACGGUCUGAGAGGAAUACGUUUGCAGAGAGACUGUCAGCAGUGGAGGCCAUCGCCAAUGCAAUCUCUGUGGUGUCUAGCAACAGCUCUGGGAACAGGACGGGCUCUUCUAGCAGCAGAGGGCUGCGUCUGAGGGAGAUGAUGAGGCGCUCUCUGAGAGCAGCGGGGCUUGGUCGUCACGAGUCCGGCCCCUCCUCCAGCGACCACCAGGACCCGGUGUCCCCACCCAUCGCCCCUCCCAGCUGGGUGCCUGACCCCCCUCCCAUGGACCCAGACGGUGACAUAGACUUCAUCCUGGCCCCUGCAGUGGGAUCUCUCACCACAGCCUCAACAGGGACCAGCCAGGGCCCCAGCACAUCCACUAUACCAGGCCCCUCUGAGUCUUCGGUGGUGGAGUCUAAAGACCGCAAGGCCAACGCCCACCUCAUCCUCAAACUGAUGUGUGACAGCAUGGUUCUCAGGCCACACCUCCGCGAGCUGCUCUCUGCCAAGGAUGCCCGUGGAAUGACCCCGUUCAUGCUGGCAGUAAGCGGGAGAGCUUACCCAGCUGCCAUUACUGUUCUGGAGGCUGCGCAGAAAAUGGCCAAGGUGGGAGACCCCGGCAUGACUGAGAAGGUGGAUGCAGACUCUGUGUUCAUGGAGAUGAUUUGUCCCACGGGGACCAACCCUGACGACUCUCCUCUCUACGUCCUCUGCUGCAACGACACGUGCAGCUUCACCUGGACAGGCGCUGAACACAUCAACCAGGAUAUCUUUGAGUGCCGGACCUGCGGCCUGUUGGAGUCACUCUGCUGCUGCACUGAGUGCGCCAGGGUGUGUCACAAAGGACACGACUGCAAACUCAAGAGGACCUCUCCCACUGCUUACUGUGACUGCUGGGAGAAGUGUAAGUGUAAGACGCUGAUCGCUGGACAGAAAGCUGCUCGCCUGGACCUACUGUACAGACUGCUCACCACCACUAACCUGGUCACCAGUCCAAACAGCCGGGGGGAGCAUAUCCUUCUGUUCCUGGUGCAGACUGUUGCUAGGCAGAGUGUGGAGCACUGCCAGUACCGGCCCCCUCGCAUCAGAGAGGACAGGAACCGCAAGGCUGCCAAUGCUGAAGACUCUGACAUGCCGGACCAUGACCUGGAACCUCCACGCUUCGCCCAGCUGGCCCUGGAGAGGGUGCUGCAGGACUGGAAUGCUCUCAAGUCCAUGAUAAUGUUUGGAUCCCAGGAGAAUAAAGACCCGCUGAGUGCCAGCAGCCGUAUCGCCCAUCUUCUUCCAGAGGAGCAGGUAUACCUGAACCAGCAGAGUGGCACCAUCCGCCUGGACUGCUUCACACACUGCCUCAUCGUCAAGUGUGCCCCUGACAUUACAUUUAUUGACACCCUACUGGGGACCUUGGUGAAGGAGCUGCAGAACAAGUACACUCCUGGCCGGAGAGAGGAGGCCAUCGUCGUCACCAGGAGGUUCCUGCGCUCUGUGGCCAGGGUGUUUGUUAUCCUCAGCGUCGAGAUGGCUUCAUCCAAAAAGAAAAAUAACUUCAUCCCCCAGCCCAUUGGGAAGUGCAGGCGUGUGUUCCAGGCCCUGCUGCCCUAUGCGGUGGAGGAGCUGUGCAACGUGGCGGAGUCCCUCAUCGUGCCUGUGAGGAUGGGCAUCGCCCGGCCCACCGCCCCCUUCACCCUGGCCAGCACCAGCAUCGACGCCGUGCAGGGCAGCGAGGAACUCUUCUCUGUGGAACCCUUGCCACCGAGACCCUCCCCAGACCAGUCCAGCAAUUCUAGUCAGACUGCAUCGUCCUACAUCAUCAGGAACCCCCAGCCUCGCCGCAGCAGCCAGUCCCAGCCGGUCAGAGGGAGAGAUGAGGAGCAGGAUGAUAUUGUGUCUGCUGAUGUUGAAGAGGUGGAGGUUGUCGAGGGCGUUGCCGGGGAGGAGGAUCACCAUGAAGACCCGGAGGAACAUGGAGAACAGGGAGAGGAGAACACUGAGGCAGAGGGACAGCAUGAUGAACAUGAUGAGGAUGGAAGUGACAUGGAGUUGGAUCUGCUGGCUGCCGCAGAGACUGAGAGCGACAGCGAGAGUAACCAUAGCAACCAGGACAAUGCCAGCGGGAGGAGGAGUGUUGUCACCGCAGCAACUGCUGGCUCUGAAGCAGGUGCCAGCAGUGUCCCUGCCUUCUUUUCAGAGGACGACUCCCAGUCCAACGACUCAAGCGACUCGGACAGCAGCAGCAGCCAGAGCGACGACGUGGACCAGGAGACCUUUCUAUUGGAUGAGCCCUUGGAGAGGACCACCACUGCCUCGCACGUCAACAGUGCUGCCCAGGCGCCACGAUCCAUGCAGUGGGCUGUACGAAACACCCCCAGCCAGAGAGCCACGGGCAGCGCCCCCUCCAGCUCCUCCACCCCCGCUGCAGCGAGCUCCACAGGUCUGAUCUACAUCGACCCGUCCAACCUGCGGCGCAGCAGUGCCAUCAGCACCAGUGCGGCCGCUGCGGCUGCAGCUCUGGAGGCCUCCAACUCGUCCAGCUACCUGACGUCAGCCUCCAGCUUAGCCCGGGCCUACAGCAUCGUCAUCAGACAGAUCUCUGACCUGAUGAGCCUCAUCCCCAAGUACAACCACCUGGUCUAUUCCCAGUACCCUGCUGCAGUCAAACUCACCUACCAGGACGCUGUCAACCUGCAGAACUUUGUUGAGGACAAGCUGAUCCCUACGUGGAACUGGAUGGUGUCCAUCAUGGACUCUACAGAGGCUCAGCUGCGUUACGGCUCGGCCCUGUCCUCAGCAGGCGACCCCGGACACCCAUCCCACCCCCUCCACGCCUCGCAGCACUCUGCCCGCAGGGAGCGCAUGACCGCCCGCGAGGAAGCCAGCCUCCGCACCUUGGAGGGACGGAGGUCUGGGCGUGCGGCAACUCUGCUGACAGUGCGUCAGGGGAUGAUGUCAGCACGGGGUGACUUCCUGAACUACGCCCUGUCUCUGAUGCGUUCCCAUAAUGACGAGCACUCUGACGUUCUGCCUGUGCUGGAUGUGUGUUCUCUCAAACAUGUGGCCUACGUCUUCCAGGCGCUCAUCUACUGGAUCAAAGCCAUGAACCAGCAGACAACUCUGGACACAACACAGAUGGACCGCAAGAGGAGCCGAGAGAUUCUGGAACUGGGACUGGACAAUGAAGAUUCUGAACAUGAGAAUGACGAGGACACCAAUCAAAGUUGUUUUCUGGUAUUGGAAGGCAGACAAGCCAGAAGAAAGGCAGUUAGGCAGAAACGAGGCAAAAAGAAGAGGGCAGCUCCCAAAGGCUCCACGCUCCAGGAUAAGGAGGAUGACCCGGUCCCUGCUGAGACUGGGCAGAACCACCCGUUCUUCCGGCGCUCUGACUCCAUGACCUUCCUGGGCUGUAUCCCCCCCAACCCCUUCGAGGUCCCCCUGGCUGAGGCCAUCCCCCUGGCAGACCAGCCUCACCUCUUGCAGCCCAAUGCAAGGAAGGAGGAUCUGUUUGGCCGUCCUAGUCAGGGCCUGUACUCGUCCUCAUACACAGCAAGCAAAGGCCUGGCCGAGUCCACCCUGGACCGCAGCUGCAUGGAGGUUAACAUGGGCUCCUCUCAGAUCCUACCCACCAAGAUGUCCUACUCAGCCAACCUGAAGAACGUGAUGAGUAUGGAGACUAGUCAGCGCGGCAGAGAGGACCAGACCAUGGACCAGGAGCUAAUGGCUCCAAAGCCAGGCCCCUCACCCCAUGACCUAGCUGCCCAGCUGAAGAGCAGCCUCCUGGCUGAAAUAGGCCUCACUGAGAGUGAUGGCCCCCCGCUCCCUUCCUUUAGACCCCACUGUAGUUUCAUGGGGAUGGUGAUCUCCCAUGACAUGCUGCUGGGCCGCUGGCGUCUGUCUCUGGAGCUGUUCGGGCGCGUCUUCAUGGAGGAUGUUGGAGCAGAGCCUGGAUCGAUACUGACCGAGCUGGGGGGUUUUGAGGUGAAGGAGUCGAAGUUCCGUCGGGAGAUGGAGAAACUCCGUAACCUCCAGUCCCGUGACCUGGCCCUGGAGGUGGACCGUGACCGUGACCAGCUGAUCCAGCAGACCAUGAGGCAGCUCAACACCCACUUUGGCCGGCGCUGCACCACCACACCCAUGGCUGUGCACCGCGUCAAGGUCACCUUCAAGGACGAGCCGGGCGAGGGUAGUGGCGUGGCCCGUAGCUUCUACACGGCCAUCGCCUUGGCCUUCCUGUCCAAUGACAAACUGCCCAACCUGGACUGUGUGCAGAGCGUCAGCAAGGGCAUGCAGGCCAGCAGUACGUGUCAUCACGAUUACAACUCAAGUAUGACAUUGAAUCUGAUGCAGCGGCUGAGGAACAGAGACCGGGAGAGGGAGCGGAGGAGUGGAGGGCUCCGAGCCGGCUCUAGGAGAGACCGAGACAGGGACUCGAGGAGACAGCUGUCCAUUGACACCCGGCCUUUCAGGCCAGCCUCUGAGGGGAACCCCAGUGACGAACCUGACCCACUACCUGCCCACAGACAGGCCCUGGGAGAGAGGCUGUACCCCCGCGUCCAUGCUAUGCAGCCGGCGUUUGCCAGUAAGAUCACAGGGAUGCUGCUGGAGCUCUCCCCAGCCCAGCUGCUGUUGCUCCUGGCCAGUGAGGACUCUCUCAGGGCCAGGGUGGAGGAGGCCAUGGAGCUGCUCAUUGCACAUGGAAGGGAAAAUGGCGCUGACAGUAUACUGGACCUGGGUCUCCUGGAGGCUCCUGAGAAAGCACAGCAGCAGGAGAACCGUAAGCGUCAUGGCUCCACCCGCAGUGUGGUGGACAUGGAGCUGGACGACCCUGAAGACGGAGAUGACAACGCUCCCCUGUUCUACCAGCCCGGGAAGAGAGGCUUCUACUCUCCCCGGCCCGGCAAGAACACGGAGGCCAGGCUCAACUGCUUCAGGAACAUCGGCAGAAUACUAGGGCUGUGUCUGCUGCAGAAUGAGCUCUGUCCAAUUACCUUGAACAGACAUGUCAUCAAGGUGCUGCUCGGCAGAAAGGUGAACUGGCAUGACUUUGCCUUCUUUGACCCGGUAAUGUACGAGAGCCUGCGACAGUUGAUCCGUCACUCUCAGGCUGGAGAGGCAGAGGCUGUGUUUGCAGCCAUGGACCUGGCCUUCGCCAUAGACCUGUGUAAGGAGGAAGGGGCUGGACAGGUGGAGCUGCUGUCAGGUGGGGUCAACAUGCCUGUGACUCCUCUCAACGUUUACGAAUACGUGAGAAAGUACGCCGAACACAGGAUGCUGGUGGUUGCCGAGCAACCUCUUCAUGCGAUGAGGAAGGGUCUGUUGGAUGUCCUUCCUAAGAAUGCCCUGGAGGACUUGACAGCUGAGGACUUCAGGCUGCUGGUCAACGGCUGUGGAGAGGUCAACGUGCAGAUGCUCAUCAGCUUCACUUCCUUCAAUGAUGAAUCUGGUACAAAGACCUUGGCCCGUAUUCACAAAGAAUCUCAGAGGGAAAAUGCUGAUAAGUUGUUGCAGUUCAAACGCUGGUUUUGGUCCAUCGUGGAGAAGAUGAGCAUGACUGAGAGGCAAGAUCUGGUGUACUUCUGGACCUCCAGUCCAUCUCUGCCAGCCAGUGAGGAAGGCUUCCAGCCCAUGCCCUCCAUCACCAUCAGGCCUCCGGAUGACCAGCACCUGCCCACGGCCAACACCUGCAUCUCGCGUCUCUACGUGCCACUCUACUCCUCCAAACAGAUUCUAAAACAGAAACUCUUACUAGCCAUUAAGACCAAGAACUUUGGUUUUGUGUAGAGGUUGACAAACAUGUUUACCUGUUGUGUAAUAUUUACCUAGUUACAUUUUUGUAGAUUUGUUUUGUCUAUACAAUUUUAUGGAAUUCGAAGAAAAUACAAGAAAUGCAGUCGCUCCCCUGGUGGUUAUUUUGUUUGUGUUGUGAACACAGACGGCUUGUUCUUAUUUUAUUUUAAUGUUUUUAGUUCUGAAGGUAAUAUACAUUCCUGCAUUGGCUUUGUAAAGUUGAAACCCUCUGCUCUAUUGGCUUAAACCUUUAGUUCCCAGGAAUUUGGCUCGACAGCAAACUGUGCCGAAGCUCAGCCAAAGAGGACAGCAGUAGAAGUAUUUAAAAAGUUGAAGUCUAAAAAAAAAACCCACUGUGAUUAUGAUUUUGUUCCUUGCCCUAAACAGAAUACUUACCAUCACUGACAGUUCGCUGCUGCCUUGAUGGAAAGUCAAUAUUUUUCUUGUAUACGGGGAGUAGGGAAUUUCAAAAUAAACUUGGAUGCAAAUGA